AUUGUAAACAUGCUGCACGCAGGAAACACAUAGAGCUUGCAAUGCAGCGAACUUCUGCAUUUAACUUCUACACGCUAACAUAUUUAUAAAAUACGUAGUGGAUAAAAAGUUUUGUUUAUAUAAUUUAAUGCAGAAUAAAUUAACAAAGCAUUGUGUGUCAUCUCAUAUCUCGCGAUACAAUCAAACAUAGCCUUAAACAUCGCGAGAGAUCUGUGCUCGGUUGCUACUUCUGCAGGCUGGAACUUGAACUUAUCCGAAGGACAGCUGAACCAUGUCUGAGCAGAGCGGCAAGGUCCAGACGGUGCUGGGUCUGAUCGAGCCUGAUCGGCUGGGCCGCACCAUGACCCACGAACACCUUACAAUGACGUUCGAGUGCAGCCAUGUUCCCCCGGCGCCAGGAGAUGAGGCAAUGGCCACAGCUCCUAUUGAGAUGAAAAAUAUUCACUGGUUGCAGCAAAAUCCAUACAGCCACAGAGAGAACCUGCUGUUGAAUCAGGAGACCGAGGCGGUUAAAGAAGAGUUGCUGUGUUAUCGUAAAGCAGGGGGAGGCACCAUAGUGGAGAAUACCACUACGGGAAUUGCACGAAAUCUGCCCGUUCUACGCCAGUUAGCCAAGGACACGGGUGUGCAUAUUAUAGCUGGAGCUGGGUACUAUCUGGAUGUGACGCACUCUGAUGAGACAAAAAAGAUGACGGUUGAGAAGCUUACUGACAUCAUUGUCAGUGAGGUGCUCCAUGGAGCAGACGGUACAGACAUUCGCUGUGGUGUGAUUGGAGAGAUCGGUACUAGCUGGCCAAUCACAGAGAGUGAGAAGAAGGUCCUUCGAGCCAGCGCCCACGCUCAGACUCAGCUUGGCUGCCCAGUCAUCAUCCACCCUGGCCGAAACGAAGCUGCUCCCGCGGAGGUCAUCCGCAUUCUGCAAGAAGCAGGUGGAGACAUCUCCAAAACAGUCAUGUCUCAUCUUGACAGGACCAUGUUUGAUCAUGGAGAGCUGCUGGAGUUUGCAAAGAUGGGGAGCUAUCUUGAAUAUGACCUUUUUGGCACCGAGAUGCUGAACUACCCCUUCAAUCUUAACGUUGACAUGCCCAGUGAUAGCCUGAGAGUUCAAUUCCUGGCUUUUCUGAUCAAGGAAGGUUAUGAAGACAGACUCCUCAUUGCCCAUGAUAUUCACACCAAGAAUCGUCUAACCAAAUAUGGCGGCCAUGGCUACUCCCACAUCCUGAAGAAUAUUGUUCCCAAAAUGCUGUCUCGCGGUAUCACUCAGAACCAGGUGGACAAAAUACUUAUUGACAAUCCGAAGCACUGGCUGACAUUUAAAUAAGAAUUGCCAUAAAAUGUUUAACAUCCAAAUAA